UUUCCCAAAGAAUUUUCCAUUCUCAUAUUACAAAACGCUGUUCAAUAUUUCCAAAUUUAGUAAUUUUAGUGAAACUUGUUUUUAAUUUAAAACAUUUAAAAUAUUUCCCAAUUACUCAUGCUUGGACCUUGUCCAUCUCGAGUAUGCAUGAGUUUUACACGUGUUAGAAAGGUGCAAAUCUAUAGGAAAAUUAACCAAUCAGAUUCAACUAUAUGUGACUUUGAAAUGUUUCAUCAUUCCUUACUUCGAGAACAGUCUAUACACUUGUUGACACUUUAAGAUUUUUAACAUGCACUCAAUAACUUCCUAUACAUUUGAUUCUGUUUAAUUGUUUUGUAAUUAUCGAAAGUGUAUGUCAUUUGCUUUGCAACACAAGUGCAUAUUGAGCGAGUGCCUUAUUUAUUUAAACUCUUCCAUAUACCACCAUUUUGUUUCGAGCGGGAUACCCAAAGAAAUACCACUGGACUUCGUUACAUUAUUUCGGAAUGUUUGGCUGGGUUCCCAUGCCUACAUCGAUCCAUCUGGAUCUGUCUAACUCCCUGCAGAGUCUCACUAAAUUGCUAUCCGAAUCAGCUAGGGGGUUAAGAUAAUUGCCCCUAACAGCUUUAAUAGGCAACAGACAGUUAAGCCGGUUAAGUUGAUAGCAUUUUAGUGAGACUCCAAAGUGAGAUAGAUCGGUCCAAAUUUCUGUGGGAAUGGUCCCUUUUUAGCAGUUUUUUUUUUCUCUCACAGCGUCAAGGUCUCUAAACUGUGUCUUUCUUAGUAUCACACUCCAAUAUUUUUAAACAGAAUUAAAAUUCGGAGAGGCAACCUGAUGCGAUCACGUUAUACUUGAUAUAGCUUCAGGAAAAAAGACAUUUUUCGGAUAAUUUCAGAUGGCGAAUAGAAGGCAUCUCGGCAGUAACUUUGCACGGAAUUUAGACGUGGUUCUAUUGGGGAACGAAGUUUGUUCCCAUGAAGACGCGGUCACUUCGCGAUGUCCCUCAGAGCCAAAGGAAGACAGCGACUGUUUCACCCAUAGUGAGAAACCAUCGACUUCAUCCAGCAACGACGAAUCAGACAGAGAGGGAGCCAGUCGGUGGAAAAAAUGGUUCAAAAGAAAUCCCAAAAACAGAAAACCACAGGAAGAUGUCGAGGCGGUGGAAUUGAGAGAUCCGCAGGAUGGUAAAGGAAAUGACGCUGAGAAUGCUGUUUUGUCAAGCGUGGCUGACGGGCAGGGGUUAAACCCGUUACCAAACGAAAACACUUCUACAGGCAGUUUUGAUAAUAUUGACAUGGGAGAUUCUUAUCCCCAAAACACUUACCCGUCAGAUUACUCCAUGCAGUCCCCGGGACUUGACGACUCCAACGCCCCUCUUCUGUCACGAUCUACCAGAGACAGUUCCAGUAGGAGUAUAGGCCGCAGGCUGGGAGAUGCAGGUGGCGCGCCGCAUCCUUCCUCCCUUCAAAAUGACACGGUAGAAUUGGCCAACGAAACCCUCCUCGGCUCAACUAUAAAGCCUCCUGCUGCUGCUACUCAAUAUGACCUUUCGCUGCCGUCACCACCACAAUCACCACCACCCCCUAGCAAAGACCGGUUUCAGAUUUCAAACAACCAGACUGCAACGCCGAAGCCAGCAGACCAACUCUCGCCGGAAGAGCCUUGUGCGCCUGUUGAGAACCUGGACGAGGUUGACUAUGCCUCCCCCACUGGUGCCGUCCCUCACAGUAGGUUACCCACGCAUAUUGCCGACACUCUUAGUGAUGGAGGGAAGUAUGGCAAUAUAGAACCCGUAUCUCACAAUUCCAGAACGAAAGGAACAAAGAGCAAACCAUUGGGACCAACGGUCAGUAGAGAUAUGCUGCAAAGGACAAUAGACGACGGGGCAGACAUGGACGGGAUCAAGCGAGCACUAAAGAAGUGGACGUCGUUACCAAAGAAAGAUGAUCACUAUAAUCCGAUGAUACAGGCGGCAUUGAAGAACGACAUCCAGGUUUGCCAACUACUGAAAGACGAGGAGAAUUUAAAAAUCGCCGACCCUCACGGUUAUUUCUGCGACUGUAAACUCGACCAAAGCGACACGCUGAAUCAUGCGCUUUAUCGUGUGAACGCGUAUAGGGCUAUGACGUCACCGGCCUAUCUUCUCACGAGGAAAGAUCCAGUAAAGGCGGCUCUGGAGACGAGACAAAAACUGUUCACAAUGGCGAAACAGGAUGAAGAGUUCAAGUCAGAAUAUCUACAACUGACCGAUAAAUGCGAGACGUUUGCCUGGGAGAUGUUAGACCUGGUACGAGGGCGAGAGGAGCUGUCUUUGAUCCUGGAUAAAUCAGCCAGUGGCUUUUCAGAAUUAGGGCUAGUGCGAAGAGUUAUGGACGAAGGAGCCAAGAAGUUUGUUGCCCACCCAUACGUCCAGCGACACUUGAAUAUGGUGUUUUAUGGCCGCGAUCAUAAUAUAAGGCGACGAAUGCUGACCACAAACAAUUUUCUAAAGACGAUCUUCAUCGUGCUGGCGUUGCCAAUUUGGAUUCUGCUGUUCUUGACUUACAUUCUGUUCGGAGCCUUUGAAACGUUGGAGAAGAGUAAGUUCAUCAAGUGGAACAACAUGUUCUUGAGGACUCCUUGUGUCAAAUUUUACACGCAUAGCUUAUCGUAUUUCACGUUUCUUCUGAUCCUGACGAUGUACUUUUUGCCCGAUGACAAAGCUAACGUCGCUCAUGCCACAGAUUUCCGAUGGUCCGAGUAUGCAAUAUUUAUCUACGUGAUAGGUUAUUUUUGGGCUGAGGUUAAGCAGUUGUGUCGACAGGGAACGCGCUACUUCCAGAACGCCUUCAACAUCCUGGAUAUCCUUUUGGUUAUAUUUUAUUGUGCCUCGUUUGUCAGUCGUAUAGUCUCGAUUGUCAAGACAAGACAAGCCGCAUUAGGAGUAAACCAAAAUACAACAGAGGCGUACACGUAUUAUUACCAGAUGGGUUGGUGUAGAUUGUUUAAUUGAACUAUGCAUAAUUA